AGCUAGAGUGCCGAGUUAAACCGUUAAAAUUUGAUUUGAUUCUGAACGUUCAGUUGAAUCAUUUGUUUCCGUGGCGUGUGUGUAAUCUAUGUUUUUAUUAUUUUGCUAUAUGGAUUUAUUUAAAUUUUUUUAAUUAAUCCAAUCGGUAAUUUAAAUUUUUCUGUUGUAAUUAUAUUUUAUUAAUUAAUGUUAACCGUUUUUAUUGUUUGGAACAAGUAUAUAAAAAGUAAAUUGAUCUGUUUAUCUUAUUUGGCAAAAUAAUAACUAAUAAUUCAUUGUUUAUUUACAUAUGAAGUGUAGUUAUAUAUUAUGGUUUUUAAUCCAUAUGUACCUAAUUGUAUUGUAAUUAUAUGUUUUGUGUUUGUAAACAUGAGAGUUAUCGCUCUUUCAAAACACUUAAAAUUCUUCAUUUAUUGGCUCUAUAUUUACUAGGUACAGUUUGGCUACUGCUGUCAGUGACUAUAACCAUCGAUUUUCUACCGUUUUCUCCUAACCAAAUCUCCGCCCUACACGAGUAGCCAAGUUGUGAUUCUGAGUGGGAAUUUCUGGAAUAAAUAAAUAUAUAGGUUCUGAAACAUACAAACAUAAUUAUUAUUGUGCAUUGUGAAUUAGAAAUUUAUAAUGACAAGUGGUUUAAUCACAAUGUUUACCGACUACCAUUAUUAUUUUACAUAUACAAUAUUAUGAUAGCUACUGUUGCAGUCUCGUUGCAUAAUAAACACUUGACAGUGAGUGAUUUGCGCUCAUAUAAAUACCUUUAAAUACUUAUAAUGAACUUAUAAUGGUAAAAGUCAUUUUCUAAAUUAAUGUUUUGCUAUUGAUCUUAAACUUUUAAUAUUCAUUGUUUUAAUACCUAUAAUAAAUACAUUUAAAAGAAGGUAGAUACUUUAGCUUUUCAAAAAAAAAUUACAAUUUUGUAAGUCUAUAAACUCUUUAAUUAUGUAAGUGACAUUAAAAUUAUUUUUAGAUUUUCAAUUAUUCUAAAAUGGAUUUUCAAUCAACAAAUAUGUUUGAAAUAUGGAAGGAAAUGGGAAUGUUAACAUUACAAAGUAUUAAAAACAUUAAUAAUGGCUUAGAGGUAAGAUAGAAUAAGUUGAUUAUUUAAAAAUUCUUUCUUACAUAUCAAUUUAAAUAUUAUUACCUAUGUACAAUAUUGAAAUAGAAUUAUUUUUAUUAUAGUUGCAAACAAUGAAAUUGGAUGGUGUUUAUAGAAAUUUAAUAAAUCAAGCUGCACAAAGAGAACUAUUCAAUAAUUGUGGUCUUGAAAAGAAACUAUCAAAAAAAUCUAGUAUGUAUCAUCAUCCACCUUGGCGACACAUAUGAAAACAAUAAUUUUUAUGAGUUAAUUUGGUUGUCACUAGCAAGAAAAUGCCUUUUAAGAAAUAAAUUAAUAGACAAUAACAGUUAACUGUAAUAAAGACUAGACGGGUAGGAGAUUUAUUGAAAAAUAAGUUUUAUAUUUUUUAAUUUCUUCUUUGUUUAAUAUUGAUAUAGGCUAAGCCAUUUGUUAUAUGCAAAUGGCUUUUAAUGUUACUUUGUUUAAAAUCAAUUAUUGUAUAUAUAUCUUUUAGCCAAGUAAAUAACAAUUUGUUAGUGUAGGGAUCUAAUUUUCAUUUAAUGUUAUAUUAUAAAAAUUAAUUUAAGAAAACAUCAAAUGUGCUUUUGUCAUCUCUGUCUAUCUAAUGAAUUUAACAAGUUUACCACAGGUCUAGAAAACCUUAAAAAUUUUAGAAAUUUUAUUUGUUCGUGGAAAAUCUGGAAAUGUUAGGAAAUUUAUCAUUAAAUUACAAAUUGUAUAUAAUUUUAGAAACAACAUUUUGCUGCAAAACUUUUCUCUAUAUUAUUUGUUAUUUGUGAUGUGUUACGAGUUGAUUUUGUUAUGCCAUUCUUGCUAUUUUUGCAUAUUUGUGAAUUACCUUAGGAAAUUAUUAACAAAUUUAUAAUGGUAAAAACAAAUAUGUUGCAUAAUAUUAAAUGGCAACCCUGAAUAAUGUGUUUUUGUACUUCCAAUAGUACUUCAGAUCUCAUUGGUUUUUUAAACUUGACUAUAAUACCAAAAUUAACAUAUGAAGUUGUACUAAAUAGUAAAUAUCUAUAGGUUAGCUUCUUUUUUUUUUUAUAUAUAAUGGUUUUAUUUGAAUUUUAAAAUUUAUCUUUUAUAAAGUAUUUUAGAAAAAUAAUACAAAAUUGUUAUAUUUCAGAAAAUUAUAUAUUUCGUUCAUUUCUCAUGUUGAUUUGGCCCCAAAAUCAUGUUUGUAAGACCAUUUCUAUUAAAAGUAUGCAAACAAAUUUCUGUUUGUUAGAUAGAUAAAAAAGGCUAUUAAGUGUUCAAUAUUUUUAGAUGUUUUUAUAUAUUAUUGUUAUAUUACUUGAUUUUUUUUUUAUUAUUAAACUGGUUAUAAAAGCUAUAUGUAUAUGUAUAUAUAUACCCAUGUCCUAUGUCCUAUAUUUUAAUUUUUGAGUAUUAACCAAUUUUUUCAUAUAUAUUAAUUAUAAAUAUUAAACUAUCCAAUUUUUUUAGAAGUCAAAAAUGUAGAAACUGGUGAUUUAUUUUCUGCCGAAUCAAAUUUUCAACAACCGGCAGUUCCGCCACUCCGUAGAACUAAAAGACAAGCUUCUAUGGUAUGUAUUAAUUUUAAAAUAUUUUUGGUAUAGCUGUUACAUUUGGCAUCGUUUCAUGGUUUUCUCUUGAUGGAUGAUGCAUAUUUGUUUUUAUAAAGUUUUUUGUUUUUGGGCAUUCCAUGUAUUAUUUAUAAUUUGAUAAAAAUACAUAUUAUUUUUACUCAACAAAUUAAUGAUACAAAUGUAAACAUCUUCUAUAGUUAGCAGUGGAAAAAAUCAGAGGCGUUAGAGAAUCUGCGACUAUCAGCUCGUCUGGAGGUUGUUCUACAAGUAAAUAUUACUUUAUAUUUUUCAACAAUAUUGUUUACAGCAUUUAAUUAAAAUUUUGGUUUAGAAUGGAUUUUGCAUUGAGAUUUAUAAUUUCCAUUUAUAAUAUGAUUUUAAAGUAAUACCAAGUCUAUUUAUAGAAUUUUUAAUACAUGUUCUCAUUUUAAAAACCAAAGUUGGUAUCAACACAACAUACCUACUACUUAAAUGUUUUGAAAAAUCAAAAAAUAUUGGCACACUAACAAUGACUACACUUAAAAAUUUCAAAAGUUAGAAUUUGAAUAUAUGCAAAAUUUAACUAAAAUAAUGGGGUUUGUACGCCUAGAGAAUCACUCUGUAUAUGUUUCUGAAUUUCUGAUAACUUCCUAUAUUAUAACAUUAUAGGAUCGUGUGAAAUGAAUUCCUAGGAAUAUUUCAUUGUGGGUUUUUUUUUUUUCACAAUUUGCUGCGUUUUAUGUGUGGUGAACAUGUAUGAUUUGAUACUAUAUUUAUAUACUACAUGGGUUUAGAAUAAUUAAUUUUUUUUGUUUUUUUAAAUUAUAAACUUUCUAAGUUUUAACGCUUUUUAGGUAUAUUAGUACUUCAAAAAAUUAAAUUUUAAAUGUGACAAUCUAGAUUUUAGAUAUAUAUAUAUAUAUUAUCAUAUUGAUAUUUGCUUUUUUUUACAAACCCCUAAAAGUUUACUUGUGGUGUUUAUAUUAUAUUUGAUUAUAGUUCCAUUAUUAUUGUAAUUGUUUUAGGAGCUAGUCGGGCAAGAGCAAUAUCUACAUUUAUUGAAGAUUCAAAUCCUUUCAAUGGUCCAAAAGCAAAUUCCACCUUUGUAAUUCCUAAAAAGGACAUGGGAAAUGUAGAAGAGUUUUUAUCACCUCAUAAUAUGUUUUCUCCUGAAAAAGACUCCAAUAUUAAACCAACUAAUGCUAAUCAUACAUAUAAUAUUAAAAUUCAAUCUAAAACAAAUUUAAAAAAGAAAUCUGAUAAAACUGUCGAUUUAAUAACUGAAGAUUCUUCAUCAAAAUCUGGGGUACCUAAAGUAUCAACUAGAACUGAUUCUAAGAAAAAUAGGUAUUUUUCAAUGAUUUUUUAAUAAAUAAAUUUUAAAUAUGUUUGUAUGACUUGAAUAGUUUUAUAUUUAAUUUUUAGUGUGGCGCCCGAAAAAAUAGACAAACAACGUGAAAAGUUAGAAGAUAUCGAUGUUAAUAUAAAGGAACAAUCACCACAAACAAGAACAAAGAAAAGAAAACUUCAAGAGGAAAAUCAAAUGGCUGAAAUAUGUGUUAAGAAAGCUAAUGUAAUUCAUGUGCCAUUGGAAAUACAAACAUCAACACCUAAUAAACCAUUAGAUGUACCACAAACUCCUCAUCAAAUCAGGGAAAAUGAAGCAGAAAAAAGAAAAGAGUUGUAUCUGAAAUCCAAAGCUGAUAAAAAGUACCUAUUUAUAAUUAUAUUAAGUUAUACAAUAUCUUUUAUUGAAAACAUUUAUUACAUAUUCAAUAUGUGUUCGGGUAUCAAACUUGUGGAAUUUCCUUACCAAAAAUGGAUUUUUAAAUUUAUCAGAGUCUCAUUAUAAAAUUGGUUCUCCUAAAAAUUAAUUCUAGAUGAAUAAGUAUUUAAAGAUUUUAGAAUCUAAACAGAGCGAGAAAUUGGUUUUUUAAUGAUGUUUAUUUAUUUUUUUUAUAAACAACUUUUCUAUCAAACAUUUUUCUCCUAUUUACAAGUGUAACAUCUUCUCUGAAAAAAAUUUUUAUCCGGGUGCUACUUUAGGAAAGUCAUGUUUCAAUUUUUCAAAACAAUUGAGGAAAGAACAAGAAAGUUUAUGUAAUGUAUUAUUUUAAAUUUUGUUUUUUGAUAUGAUUCAGUUUAAAAUAUUUAUAGAGACUUGAUAUUUUGACAAAAAACAUAUGUAUGCUUUUAUCUAGAUAUGGUCAGAUUUUCAAAAUAUUUUAGGCCUUUUUUAGCUAUUUAUAAAUAUUUUUAUUUUGACAGAUUUUAAAUUAUUUUUAUUUGGUAGGUAUUCUGUGGAUAAAAUUGUUAGGUCAAACAAAUGCUGAAAAAUUUAAUAGGAUGUUCAUUAUAAGUCGUACUUUGUGGUCAAAAAAAAAAAAAAAAAUGUAAUGUAGAAUUUGAGUAUCAAAUUUUGAUGAAAAUCUUAAAUAUUACAGGUUUUCAAAACAUGUAUAAUUAAACUCAGUUUAGAAUCGUUUUUUGUUAUCAAAGAUUAGCUGUUGUGUACAUAUAUACAUUAAAUUCCCCUCUAGAUCCUACCUUCCCAACUUUUCACCUAUAACAAUUACCCAGCCAUCCUGAAAAGUAUAUCUGUAUUUUUUUAUACUAUUUAGGAAAUUUGAAGAUCAGCAUUUAAAGGUUACUAAACAAAGAGAAGUACAAAUGAAACUUGCUGAAGAAAAAUUUAAAAAAACUGCCGAAGAUAAAAAGAAAAAGGAAGAAGCACAAAGACUAAAAGAACUUAAAAUAAAAGAGGAACUACUAAAGAAGCAAAAACAACAGGCAGAGUUAAAUUCUAAGCGUAAACAGGCUUUGGAAGCAAGAGUUUUAAAGGUAAUUAAUGAAAUUUUAUUUAUAAAUUUGUUUAAACUUUUAGUUGGUUUAAAAAACGUUAAGUUAAUUAUAAUUUAUAAUAAUAUGAUACAACAUUUUUAUAGAAAAAAGAAGAAAUUGAUCGCAAGGUAAAAGAAAGUGAACUUAAAAAGAAAAAUGAAUUAAAGUGAGUAACAGUUAUAUAAAUAUUUAAAUUUGUUAAUAUUCUUUCUUAAUACAUUUCACUAAAUUUGUGAAAAAUUGUAUUGUGUUUAGACUGGUCAAAAAUCUUCCUGAAGUUGUAAAUUCACCAUUACGUUCAGCAUUACCUAAGCCAAUUGCUAAAACUGCUGUAUUACCAAAAACAAAAGUAAGUUAGGUACUUUUUUAAAUUUGUUUAUAAAAUAACUUAUGCAUAUAAGUCUAAAUUUAUAUAGUUUUUAAACCAUUUAUUGUACAUAGUAAAAUUAGUAUAUUAUGAGGUUAAUUUGAACUACUAUUGUUUAUAUUUAUGGGAUUGGCAAAGUAAGAAACUUAAAUUGCUUCCAUAAAUUAUUAAAAUUUUGCAAUAACUAGUUAUCAAAAUUAAUUUCUUAGGAUUAAUUUAUUAAAUAACAAAAAUGUAUUAUGAAUAUUUUCUGUUUAUUUUAUUUUAAGACUGGAAACAAUGAAAUUGACAAAAAUGAAAAUGAUUAUGAUCUAAAUGAUAUGUCAGCUCAAGAUUCUUCUGACGAUGAAUCUGGACCAAAAAAAAAGGUUCCUAGCUGGGCGAUUCGUAUGUGACAUUAAACAAUUUAUUAUAUACGAUAUUCUAAAUUAAUAUUAAUAUUAUUACUAAUAGGAGAAAAUAGAGCACCUGUACUUGAACUACAAUAUCAUGUUGAUGCUCAAGAAAGAGAUGCAUUCUUUAACUGUCCUAAAAUUAUGGACCUUCAAAAAACAUUUGAAGGCUGGCCUAUUCGUAAUAGACAACGAACAUCAAGUGCUGUUUGGAACACACCACCGCGUUUCAGUGAAUACAUUCGUAAUCAAUGUUAGUAAUUAACUAAUUUAUGUAGAUUAUGUUGGGUUUUUUCUUAUAUAUUAUUUUUUUUAUACAAUUCAAGUUUUCUUUAUCAUUUUUGGAAUUAGUAUUUAUGUAUAAUGUAUUUCACUGAACAUCUACCACACUCAAGGUUUUUUAUUGUAUUCGUU